AGCCGUGUCACCUAGCGCUUGUAGUUCGUGCACCGAAUAUCCUCAUUCCCGAUCUUCCAAAGCCUGAGAUCUUCUUAUCCUCUCAACGCCGACACACGAUGUCUUCCCAACCCCAAACCGGCCCAAUCACCACCCCGCUCACAACCCUCCUCGGCAUCCGCCACCCCAUCCUCCUGGCCGGCAUGGCGCGCACGUCCGGCGCCGCGCUCGCCGCGGCGGUCUCCAACGCGGGCGGCCUGGGCGUGGUGGGCGGCUUCAUGUACACGCCGGAGCAGCUGCGCGAGAUCGUGGCGGAACUCAAGGCGCGGCUGCGCGCGCCGGACCUGCCGUUCGGCAUCGACCUGGCGCUGCCGCAGGUCGGCGGCGGCGCGCGCGCGACCAACCACGACUACACGGGCGGCCGGCUCGACGAGCUGGUCGGCGUCGCCAUCGAGUCCGGCGCGCGCCUGUUCGUCAGCGCCGUCGGCGUGCCGCCGCGCGAGGUCAUCGAGCGGCUGCACGCUGCCGGGAUCUUGGUCAUGAACAUGGUUGGGCAUCCGAAACAUGCCGUCAAGGCGCUGGAGCGCGGGGUGGAUAUGGUGUGUGCGCAGGGAGGGGAGGGCGGAGGGCAUACCGGCGACGUGGCGAGCAGCGUGCUGAUUCCGGCCGUGGUGGACGUGGCCAGGCGGUAUAGGCCGAAGAUGCUGGGCGGGGAGCAGCCGGCGAUCGUGGUGGCGGCCGGGGGGAUUUCGAAUGGGAGGGGCUUGGCCAGCUCGUUGAUGCAGGGCGCGGCCGGGGUGUGGGUGGGCACGAGGUUCGUGGCCAGCGUUGAGGCCGGGUGUAGCGAGGAGCACAAGAGGGCGGUGGUCAGUUGUGGGUUUGAGGACACGGAGCGCACGCUGGUGCUGAGCGGGCGGCCGCUGAGGAUGAAGACGAACGACUACAUCCGGAAGUGGCACGCGCAGCCGGACAGGAUACAGGAGCUCUGCAGCAAGGGGAUCGUCCCGCUCGAGCAUGAUCUCGAGCAGGGCAAUGAGGUUGACGUGCCGCAUCUCAUGGGGCAGGUGGCCGGCGCCAUCGACAAGAUCCAGCCGGCCGGCGAGAUCGUCGACGAGAUGGUGGCCGAGGCGGUCGAGAUGCUCAAGCUGGCGAACACAUAUUUGGGCGGGAACAAGCCAAGCAAGCUGUGAUAAGCAUCGUGGAGCAGUUGCGGUCUCUCAGCAAGCAAUUAACAUCCUGGCUUAGGCAUGUAUUCUAUCAUGCAAAAACC